AGGGCGUUCUUCAAGACCUCCCUUGGAUGGCACGGAACCGCAUCGAUGGCUAUGAAAACUGGAGACAUUGCCGUUGUCCUAUUUGGCUCUCGGAUACCUUUUGUACUGAGGAAGGAUGGCUCAAUGUAUCGCCUAGUAAGCGAUUGCUAUGUCCAAGGCUUAAUGGAUGGAGAGGCAUUAGAUAUGUUGCGGAACGGUGAACUUGAAUCAGAGAAGUUUCAGUUGAGAUAA